CAGAACAAUAAAUAAAACUGUACCGUUUUAGUGUUUUGUGAAUGGUAACAAAUCGGUAAUCCCUUGUAUUGCAAUCUUAAAAAUGGUCGUCAAAACUGCAAAUACCGAAAAGGUGACGAAAAGCAAGCAAUCCCACAUUGCUUCUGUAUGGAACCGAGCCAUCAAACCCAAUUCCGAAUGGGCUGAAAAGGAUGAUUUUCUAGAUGUAGUAUAUUGGGCACGGCAAGUUUUAAGCAUCCUUAUUGGAAUAGUAAUGGGAAUUAUACCUCUCAAAGGAUUCGUCGCAUUAGCACUCUUCGCCUUGUUGAACUGUGGAGCUGUGUAUCUUUACAGCACCAGCUUCCAAAACAUCGAUGAGGAUGCGUACGGUGGCAUGUGGGAAGUCGUAAAAGAAGGUUUUAUGACAUCGUUUGCGUGCUUUUUGGUCACAUGGAUUAUUUUCUACACUGGCAUUCACUUCGACAGCGUGGUGAUGGAAAAAAGUUUUUAGAAUAUAAGCGAAAUUAAGACGUGCUGGGUACUGAAAGGCCUGGAUGCAAAGCUUACAAUCGUUGUUGACUAAUUUAUUGUAUACACUCGUGAAAUAAUGUGAGCAACGCAUACGUUCUGCGUGCAACACAAUG